CCCCCCAAGGUGUUUUUCGACCUGCGGAUCGGGGAGGAGGAUGUGGGCCGCGUGGUCAUCGGUCUCUUUGGCAAGACCGUGCCCAAGACGGUGGAGAACUUCAUGGCAUUGGCCACUGGAGAGAAAGGAUUUGGCUUCAAAGGCAGCAAGUUCCACCGUGUGAUCAAGGAUUUCAUGAUCCAGGGAGGAGAUUUCACCCGCGGUGAUGGCACUGGAGGAAAAAGCAUCUAUGGGGACCGCUUCCCUGACGAGAACUUCAAGCUGAAGCACUACGGCCCGGGCUGGGUGAGCAUGGCCAACGCCGGCAAGGACACCAACGGCUCCCAGUUCUUCAUCACCACAGUGAAGACGCCGUGGCUGGACGGCAAGCACGUGGUCUUUGGCAAAGUCCUGGAGGGCAUGGAGGUGGUGAGGAAGGUGGAGGGCACCAAGACAGACAGCCGGGACAAAUGUGCUGGGGGUGCUUCCAUACCACUGCCUAUGUCAUCGAUGAAGAUGACAGUCCUGCUGGACCCUGAGGGCCACCUCUAG